AUGUCAGCUAGCAAGUCUUCAGGAUCUGAUGGGUUUACAGUAGAAACAUUAUCUCAUAUGUCAGCUAGCAAGUCUCCAGGAUCUGAUGGGUUUACAGUAGAAACAUUAUCUCAUAUGUCAGCUAGCAAGUCUCCAGGAUCUGAUGGGUUUACAGUAGAAACAUUAUCUCAUAUGUCAGCUAGCAAGUCUCCAGGAUCUGAGCGGUUUACAAUGGAAACAUUAUCUCAUAUGUCAGCUAGCAAAUCUCCAGGAUCUGAUGGGUUUACAAUAGAAACAUUAUCUCAUGUGUCAGCUAGCAAUUCUCCAGGAUCUGAUGGGUUUACAAUGGAAACAUUAUUUCAUAUGUCAGCUAGCAAGUCUCCAGGAUCUGAUGGGUUUACAGUAGAAACAUUAUCUCAUAUGUCAGCUAGCAAGUCUCCAGGAUCUGAGCGGUUUAAAGUGGAAACAUUAUUUCAUGUGUCAGUUAGCAAGUCUCCAGGAUCUGAUGGGUUUACAGUAGAAACAUUAUCUCAUAUGUCAGCUAGCAAGUCUCCAGGAUCUGAUGGGUUUAAAGUGGAAACAGUAUUUCAUAUGUCAGCUAGCAAGUCUCCAGGAUCUGAUGGGUUUACGGUAGAAACAUUAUUUCAUAUCUCAGCUAGAAACUCUCCAGAAUCUGAUGGGUUUUCAAUAUCGAACAACUGUUAAUAGAAAAUAGUCUUGAAACAUGAGUUUAACGUUCAGCAGAAACUUACUUUAGUGAUAAUUCUUAUCGAACCAGCAUCCUUCUAGCCUAUCCUCAGCUAGUAAUAUUUAACUUCCUAUUACAAGGAACUUAGGAACAUCUCUUUCUAUUCUUGACUGUCCAAUCAGAGACCAUAGAAAUGAAGACAGCUUUUUUACAAUUUAACUUCUGCAGGAAACAUCGUCUAUUGUUUAAACGUUAGAAGUAUUCUUGAGAUCUACCGAAUCCCACCCAAACCGUUUCGUAACCACAUCUUAUUGUUACUUAUAAAUAUAAAGGAAACGAAUUUUUACAGAGCUGAAAACUUCCACCUCGGAAAUCUAGAGAACAUCAACCAAAAGGUGGGUUAUUUGCGGUGAAGGAUGAAAACGACACUUGUUGUAGUUCUUGUCAUCUGCUUGUUGUUGGGUUGUUUCAUUCUUCCUGCAGUUGAAGGUCAGAGGAUUAGAAUAUCAGAACAUAGAAGAUAUGGUGGAGGGAUUAGUGGAGGAUAUGAUGGAGAAUAUCGUGACUAUGGAAGAUAUCAGGGAUAAAUAAAGGUUAUGAACAUCAACAGUUU